UCAUCAUUCAGAAUCUAGUGCUAUUUUUGUUUAUUAGUCGUCUGCAAUCGUAUGUCAUGCAAGUACAUUUUCUAUUGUGUAUAUCGGACGUUGAAUAAAUUAAAGGAUAAUAGUAAAUUCUUGUGUUUUCGUAAAUCUGCUACGCUUUGAAAUCAAUUUAGAUUAGACUAACAUUAUUCUUAUUGUAAAAUGUCUACACCAGCACGACGACGCCUUAUGAGAGAUUUCAAACGGUUACAAGAAGAUCCACCCACUGGUGUUAGUGGAGCCCCAACUGAUAAUAAUAUUAUGAUCUGGAAUGCCGUUAUAUUUGGACCUCAUGAUACUCCAUUUGAAGAUGGCACAUUUAAAUUAACUAUUGAAUUCACAGAAGAAUAUCCUAAUAAACCUCCCACAGUUCGAUUUGUUAGUCAUAUGUUCCAUCCCAAUGUGUAUGCGGAUGGUGGUAUCUGUUUAGACAUUCUACAGAACAGGUGGAGUCCUACAUACGACGUAUCCGCGAUUUUAACUUCUAUUCAAUCUUUAUUGAGUGAUCCAAAUCCAAACUCACCUGCGAAUUCAAUGGCGGCCCAGUUAUACAAAGAAAAUAGAAGAGAAUAUGAGAAAAGGGUAAAAGCAUGUGUUGAACAAAGCUUUAUUGACUAGCCUCUCAUGGCUAAACAUUACCUGAAUGCUAAAGUGUAAUUUGUUGCUUCAAAAUUGCAAGAUUCACCAUUAAAAAAUAAUUUAUCAUAGUUCAACUUCUCAGUUCUGAAAUAUCAUGGUUAAAUUAAGUGUCAAGAGACCUAUACGAUUAGUACGUUACAAUUAAAAUUGCUGUUCUAUUAUUCCCCUUUAUGUAUUUUCAUCCUUAGACGAAGAAACUCCAUAAUGAUUUAUUUAAAACUUUCUUCAGUCAGUGUUUUCCUGUGUUACAUUAAUAUAUAUAUUGUCUCUCUUUUUUGCUUUUUAAUCACUUUUCCGUACUGCCUACCUUCAUUAUAAUAGGUAGUUAAAUGUGUUAUAUAAUUACGUAUACUUAAUAAAUUAUUAUACUAUA